AUGACAGCACCUAAAACAUUUACUAAUAAAUUAGUUCUUACAGCAUUUGCUACUGGUUCAGGUUUGGUAUCAUUUGGUUGGAAUACUGGUUGUCUCAAUAAUGCACAAGAAUCAAUUAAACCAUGGAUUGCUGAGUCAUAUUAUCAUCGAACAGGACAUACACUAUCACAACACGUACUUACACUUCUAUGGAGUAGUACUGUAGCAAUCUUUGCUAUUGGAGGAGCAAUAGGAGCUUUUACAGCAAGUAUAGUAAGUCGUCGAUAUGGUAGACGAGGUGGUCUUCUUAGAACAAAUCUACUUGGAAUUAUAGCAGCGGUAUUAAUGUCUUCAUCGAAAUUUGUACAUUCACCUGAAUUAUUAAUUUUUGGUCGUUUUAUUAUUGGUAUUGAAUGUGGUUUAUAUACUGGUUUAUGUACAAUGUAUUUAAGUGAAGUAAGUCCAAAACAUGUUCGAGGUAUGGUUGGAUCAUUGGGUGGUCUUUCGCCCUAUACGGGUCUUAUGUUAGCUGAAAUAAUGUCAACACCUGCUAUACUUGGAACAAGUACAUUAUGGCCUUUAAUUACAGUUAUAGCAGCUGUUCCAAGUGUAACUCAAUUUAUACUUCUACAAUUUUGUUAUGAAAGUCCACGAUAUUUAUUAAUGAAUCGUGGUGAUGAACAAGGUGCUCGACAUGCAUUAAGUUCAUUACGACAACGAUAUGAUAUUGACGAUGAAAUUAAUGAAAUGAAACAAGAAGCUGAACAUUUGCGAGGUGAAACUCAUGUAACAUUAAGAGAAUUAUUUACUCAACCAAUAUAUCGAUUACCACUUGCUGUAGCUGUUGUUGUUCAUUUUUCCAUGCGUUUUUGUGGUAUAAAUGCUAUCAUGUAUUAUUCAACUGCUUUAUUUAAACAUGCAAAUCUUGGUGAUGUUGGUCCAUAUGCUACAAUAGGUGUUGGUGUUAUACUUGUACUUAUAACUUUAGUAUCCGGUUCACUUAUGGAUAUAGCUGGUCGACGAACAUUACAUCUAUGGGGACUUUUUGGUACAUGGUUAUGUAGUCUUCUACUUACAAUCACAUUUAUUCUUACACAAUAUGCAUCAUGGUUAAAAUUUCUUUCAAUUGCAUUUGUUUAUUUAUUCGUUGUAUUCUUUGCUAUUGGACCUGGUACUGUUCCAUGGAUUAUUCUUCCUGAAAUAUUUGCACAAGGUGCUCGUCCAGCAGCUACAAGUGUUGCUGUAGUAACGAAUUGGAUGUCAAAUUUUGCUGUUGGACUUCUAUUUCCACUUUUAGCAGAAAACAGUCACCUAUCUGAUUAUUCAUUUGUUCCAUUUGCUAUACUUACUACGUUAUCAUUCUUAUUUCUUUUUAAAUAUAUGCCUGAAACCAAGAAACGUACAUUUGAAGAAAUUACAAUGGCUUUUCGUCGAGCUCAAUAA